GUGAAAUUUGGAAAUACAACAUUUAAGACAGAUGUGUAUCCCAAAUCACUUAAUCCUCAGUGGAAUUCUGAGUGGUUCAAAUUUGAAGUCCUGGACCACGACACGUACAGUGCCAACGAUGCCAUUGGCAAGGUGUACAUAGACAUCGACCCUCUGCUCUACAGCGAGGCUGCCACGGUCAUUUCAGGCUGGUUUCCAAUUUAUGAUACCAUUCAUGGUAUACGUGGGGAGAUCAACGUGGUGGUGAAAGUAGAUCUCUUCAAUGAUUUAAACAGAUUUAGGCAGUCAUCCUGUGGCGUCAAAUUCUUUUGCACCACGUCCAUCCCCAAGUGCUACCGGGCCGUGGUGAUCCACGGCUUCGUGGAGGAGCUGGUGGUGAACGAGGACCCCGAGUACCAGUGGAUCGACCGCAUCCGCACGCCCCGCGCCUCCAACGAGGCCCGCCAGAGGCUCAUCUCGCUCAUGUCAGGUGAAUUGCAAAGGAAGAUUGGCUUGAAGGUGCUUGAAAUGAGAGGAAAUGCUGUUGUUGGAUAUUUGCAGUGUUUUGAUUUGGAGGGAGAGUCUGGACUCGUAGUGAGAGCCAUAGGAACAGCCUGCACGUUGGAUAAAUUAAGUAACACAUCAGCAUUUUUACCUGCAUGUAACUCCCCAUCCAAAGAAAUGAAGGAGAUUCCUUUCAAUGAAGAUCCCAAUCCCAAUACAUAUUCAUCAGGACCCUCCACCCCUCUGAAAAACCAAACCUAUUCCUUUUCACCUUCCAAGUCCUACAGUCGACAGUCCUCUUCUUCUGACACAGAUUUGAGUUUGACACCCAAAACUGCACCUUCCCCGCAGGGACCUAGGAUUUUCCUGUUUCCCAGCUCCCCUACACUCUCUUGUGACUCCCCACAUGUAAAACAGUCCUGUCUCCUCCUCUCGGGGCCUAGCGUUAAACCUCUGCACUGUAGCCAUGUCAGCCCAGUUGUUCUGAGGAAAAGUGUUUCUUUCACUGAGGAGCUGCUUCUGGCUGCUUCUGGAAUGGGCAGUGGGAGUGCUGGAAAAGAAGGGGGGCCAUUUAAAACUCUUUUAAGACAACAGACUCAGUCAGCUCUGGAACAAAGGCCUUUGUCGGAAUUAUGGGUAACACAAGAUCAUACAAACUGCUAGACUGGAAUAGUUUCAAUUCAGAUGAACCAGAGACACGAGAUGCCUGGUGGGCAGAAAUCAGACAAGAGAUAAAAUCCCAUGCCAAGGCAUUGGGUUGUCAUGCUGUAGUGGGCUACAGUGAAUCAACCAGCAUUUGUGAAGAGGUCUGUAUUUUGUCCGCAUCUGGCACAGCAGCUGUACUGAACCCUAGGUUCCUUCAGGAUGGCACCAUGGAAGGCUGUUUGGAACAAAGGAUUGAAGAAGCUUCACCACCAGGUUGUGGAUUUUGCCAUAUCCCAUAUGAUGAAUUGAACAUGCCAUUUCCUGCCCACCUCACUUACUGUUACAACUGCAGGAAGCAAAAAGUUCCUGAUGUCCUUUUCACCACAAUCGACCUUCCUGUAGAGGCAAUAGUUGUUGGGAAGGGAUGUCUCAUUCAAGCCAGGCUGUGCCGGCUGAAGAAGAAAGCUCAGGCUGAGGCCAACGCCACCUCCAUCAGCAACCUGCUGCCCUUCAUGGAGUACGAAGUGCACACACAGCUGAUGAACAAGCUCAAGCUGAGGGGAAUGAAUGCCCUCUUUGGGCUCAGAAUUCAGAUCACUGUGGGGGAAAACAUGCUGAUGGGCUUGGCAUCUGCAACAGGUGUGUAUUUAGCAGCUCUGCCCACGCCUGGGGGCAUUCAGAUUGCUGGCAAGACUCCAAAUGAUGGCACCUACGAGCAGCACAUAUCCCAUAUGCAAAAGAAAAUCAAUGAUACAAUAGCAAAGAACAAGGAACUCUAUGAGAUUAAUCCUCCAGAGUUACCUGAAGAAAUUAUUGGGUCUCCCAUUCCAGAGCCAAGACAGCGUUCCAGGCUGUUGAGAUCUCAGUCAGAAAGCUCUGAUGAAGUUACAGAGCUUGACCUUUCCCAUGGGAAGAAGGAUGCUUUUGUCUUGGAGAUUGAUGACACGGAUGCAAUGGAAGAUGUGCAUUCUUUACUGACAGAUGUUCCACCACCUUCUGGUUUCUACAGUUGCAACACAGAAAUUAUGCCUGGUAUAAAUAACUGGACGCCGGAAAUUCAAAUGUUCACAGCAGUUAGAGUGUCCAGAUUAAGCAACAUUAACCCAACAAAUCAAACACUCAAUAAGAACUUUAAUGAUCUCUGUGAGAAUCUGCUGAAGAGCUUGUAUUUCAAGCUGCGCUCCAUGGUGCCCUGCUGCCUCUGCCACGUCAACUUCACCGUGGCUCUGCCCGAGGAUGAGCUGGUGCAGAUUGCAGUCACAGCUGUUGCCAUUACAUAUGACAAAAACCAAGCACUACAAGCCAACAAAGCACCUACAGAAAAAUCACAGCAAAGAGCAUCUACAGACAAUGAAGAACAGCUCCAGUUUCCCUUGGAACUUUCCUCUGAUCCCCUUUCUUCUCAACCAUUCUCUCCAGCUAAAGAAGCCCUGGAGGGUGCAAGCUCCCACACAGGUAUUCCUGCUGCUCAGAGAGCAACGUCAGUUGAUUACAGUUCCUUUGCAGACAGAUGCAACAGCUGGAUAGAGCUCAUUAAACUGAAAGCUCAGACCAUAAGGCGCGGAUCAAUUAAGACAACUCCUUCCCUUGAAAAGGCAAGUCCGUUGGCUGAGGGGUACUUGAGGCACCGUUCUGUCCCGUCGGGCACCAAUUCCACUGUCUCAGUUGUUAAGAUGACUCCUCUUUCCUUCCUCCCUGGGGCGAAAAUAACCAAAUACCUUGGGAUAAUCAACAUGUUUUUUAUCCGAGAAACCACUUCCUUGCGCGAGGAGGGUGGUGUCAGUGGCUUCCUGCACGCCUUCAUUGCUGAAGUGUUUGCCAUGGUGAGAGCCCACGUUGCAGCUCUGGGAGGGAAUGCUGUUGUGUCGUACAUAAUGAAGCAGUGUGUUUUCAUGGAGAACCCAAACAAAAAUCAGGCGCUGCCCUGCCCAGCACCGAGGCCGCUCACAAUGGGGAAUCGCCGCGUUUGCAUCUUCACCGUCAGUGUCUGUCCAUGGAUUCACGGCCCAGCCCCGGGACAAUCAUUCUUUGUUGUCGUGUGACUGAGGUGAGUCGGAGCAGGAGCUGCAGCUGAGCUCUGCUCCUUUAGUCCUGUUCUGGCCUCUGUGAAACCAGGCAGCACGUGAAGCACUCACAGGAGAACGUGGCUUAGAACAGCAGGCAUCUCAUGGAACUGUGGAAGGAAGGAAGGAAGGAAGGAAGGAAAAAUUCUGUUCCAUUUUGAGCUGUUCAGUGGGACCAUGCUAAGUUGUCAUUCAGAACCAUUUCUGAGUGUGAGUGUUGUCUGUCUGUCUGUCUCUGUCUGUCUGUCUGUCUCAGGUCAGGGUGGGAGGGAGGGGCCUGAGAAGUCUGGGCUGGAAACCUUUGAUGAAGAAGGGAGAGAUUUGUGUGCAAGCCAAGGAAACAUGGGCUGGACUCUGGAAUUCCUUUACAUCAUAGAGUGUGGAGAGAAAAAGCAGUACCAAAAAGUUACAGUUUGAAUUUCUGCUCAUUGAAAGUAUGUUUUCUUACUUUGUUGUUGUUCUUGUAUUUGGGAGCUGGGGGCUGUUGUUUGUUUCUUUAAUUGUUUUUUAAAAGCUGCCAGACCACAGUGCUGUGAUCCUGGGCAUCCCUGUGGUGGGACAAAAAAACCCCAGAACACAACCAAGAGUUGAGGGUGUGUCUGGUGCUAACACAAGAGGUUCCCUUCAGUAUUGACAAAGCAGAUCUUUUCGUUAUUGAAGACUUGGAGAAAGAAUUGUCCUGAGGUUCAUUUUCCUGAGGCAGGAUCUGUUUCAAGGAUGACACAAACAGUCCCCCAAAAAUGAGUUGUGCAGAGGUUAUCCUGCAGCCUCUUCCUGUUUGAGUGCCUGGCUAAUUGGAGAUUGAUUUAUGUGUCUGACACUGGUUCCACUGGGGUCUUUUUGUUCUUUUCCAGUGCUGUAGCUGGGAAAUUAGGGUACUGCACAGACAGGAAAUUUGUCAUUUCCAGUAAAAGUCUGAAAGGUGAUGAUAGUGUAUUGUAAAAAAAACCAACAGAAAACCAUUGAUUUGAAGAUGCAUUCUUGCUUAAUUCUGACAACAUUGUACAUGGAACUUGAACAAAGAUGUAAACUUGAAUGUAAAUAUUCUGUUUAGAUUUGAAAUUAAGCAAUGGCAUGAUUAUUUGUUAAAACUAAUUAUUUCAUUGUAAAUGAGCAUGAAGAUCAUUCUUGCACAAUAAAUAUCUUUAUAAAAUUC